AUGGGUAAUAUUUCAAUUUCAACUCGGAGUUGUGUUGAGAGCAGAGACAGUUCUUAAGAUUAAGUAACUGGUUUGAGAUCACAGUCCUGGUUGCUGUGAAUCUGUGAUAUGCAAAUCCGGCACUACUUCACCGGAACCGGUUUAUCCCGGUUUAGGAUUUCACUUUGAUUUUUCCGGUUUUAUAUAUCAACAGAGACGGCGAACGAAACCAGAAAAUUUGUUGCAGAAGAGGGACGAUGGUGAUGACAAGCAGGCGUAGCUGGCCAUCAACGAGAAGACAUCAACUGGCUUUCGUGUUGCUCCUGGUUCUUGUAGCUCUCGGAAUCUGCGUUCCUGUCUUUGCUCUUCUUCCUUCAUUGUCCUCUCCUCAGUCUCUAUUUCGGGGUGACAAGAUGAUAUCUCGGAGGUUUUAUAUUAAAGCUGACGUUUUCUGGAAAGAUGAGAAUCCUUUUCAGAUCAUUGGUGGUGAUUUGCAUUACUUUCGUGUUCUUCCUGAGUACUGGGAAGAUCGUCUUCUAAGAGCCAAGGCUCUAGGCCUUAAUACUAUUCAAGUAUACGUUCCUUGGAAUCUCCAUGAGCCAAAGCCCGGAAUUAUGGUUUUUGAGGGUAUUGGUGAUCUUGUGUCCUUUCUCAAGCUCUGUGACAAUCUAGAUUUUCUAGUUAUGUUGCGUGCAGGACCUUAUAUCUGUGGAGAAUGGGAUUUGGGGGGAUUUCCUGCUUGGUUACUUGCUGUGAAACCACGUCUCCAACUAAGGACAUCGGAUCCUGCGUAUCUUAAGUUGGUUGAAAGAUGGUGGGAUGUUCUGUUACCGAAAGUAUUUCCUCUGCUUUACAGCAACGGGGGUCCUGUUAUAAUGGUUCAGAUUGAAAACGAAUAUGGUUCAUAUGGACAUGACAAAGCCUAUCUUCGUAAUUUAGUUAGUAUGGCUAGGGAACACCUGGGGGAUGACGUUAUUGUGUACACAACCGAUGGAGGGACAAGAGAAACACUUGAGAAAGGAACUGUCCCUGUAGAUGAUGUCUACUCAGCUGUUGAUUUCACAACCGGUGAUGAUCCUUGGCCAAUAUUUGAAUUGCAAAAAAAGUUUAAUGCUCCAGGAAGGUCACCUCCACUUUCCUCGGAGUUCUAUACUGGUUGGCUCACGCAUUGGGGUGAGAAGAUUGCAAAAACCGAUGCUGAGUUUACAGCAGCUUCUCUUGAAAAAAUACUGUCUCGAAAUGGUUCUGCUGUGCUUUAUAUGGUGCAUGGAGGAACAAACUUUGGUUUCUACAAUGGUGCAAAUACUGGCUCUGAAGAGUUUGACUAUAAACCUGAUCUGACAUCCUAUGACUAUGAUGCUCCCAUUAAGGAGUCAGGUGACAUAGAUAAUCCAAAAUUCCAAGCUCUUCAGAGAGUGAUUAAGAAGUACAAUACUGCACCACACUCCAUUACCCCCUCCAAGCAACUGAAAGCGUAUGGUCCUAUCAAGAUGCAGAUGACAACAUCGCUAUUUGAUUUAGUUAGUAUGACAGAUCCUGCAGAUAUGAUCACCUCAGCCAACCCAAUUUCAAUGGAGUCUUCUGGACAGAUGUUUGGAUUUCUUUUAUAUGAAUCUUCAUACAUUACAAAAAAGAGUGGGAAUAUACUAAGAAUACCCAAGGUUCAUGACAGAGCUCAAGUGUUUGUUUCGUGCCUUUCCCAAGAGGCUAAUGAGGGAGUACUGAGAUACAUUGGUACAACUGAGAGAUGGAACAACCAACCUAUAUCUCUUCCAACUAUUGAGUGUACCUCCAACACUAGCUUAUUUAUUCUGGUUGAAAACAUGGGUCGUGUAAAUUACGGGUCAUAUAUCUUUGAUGAGAAGGGUAUUUUGUCUUCGGUAUAUCUAGAUGGUCAAAUUCUCCAUGGAUGGAAGAUGAUACCAAUCCCAUUUCAAAACCUGAAUCAAAGGCCAAAUCUCAGUUUCGAGAUGCAUCAUAACAGAAAGAGAAGUGAGAAGUCCAAUCUUACUAAUGAUGUCGGUCAAAAGGAACCAGCUCUGUUUGCUGGUGAGUUCUCUAUCAACAGUGCAGAAGAAAUCAAAGACACAUAUCUAUCAUUCAAUGGCUGGGGUAAAGGAGUUGCUUUUGUGAAUAAAUUCAACAUCGGAAGAUAUUGGCCGUCUGUUGGACCGCAGUGCAACCUCUAUGUUCCUGCACCGCUUCUUAAACCUGGUAAAAAUACUUUGGUGAUUUUCGAGUUGGAAUCUCCACAUCUCGAGCUUUUGCUGGAGGCAGUGGAUCAGCAAGACUUCACAUGCGGUUCAAAUAAUUCUAAAGUCAAUCAACUAUAGCCGUUCAGUUCAACUUCAUUCCAUUUACCACUUCCUUAAUAAGCAAUCAGACUCUUGUAAAUAGUCACUACUUAUCCUCAAAAGUUAUAUAUACAAUACAACCAAACUUCACAAGUAGUGAAGUCGUUACCAAUUGCC